UGUGUACAUGUGCAGGAACAGUGGUGUGUACACGUAUAGGAACUGUGUACACGUGCAGGAACACUGGUGUGUACACGUAUAGGAACUGUGUACACGUGCAGGAACAGUGGUGUGUACACGUGCAGGAACAGUGGUGUGUACACGUGCAGGAACAGUGGUGUGUACACGUGCAGGAACAGUGGUGUGUACACGUGCAGGAACAGUGGUGUGUACACGUGCAGGAAUAGUGGUGUGUACACGUGCACGAACACUGGUGUGUACAUGUGCAGGAAGUGUGAACACGUGUAGGAACAGUAGUGUGAACACAUGUAGGAACAGUGGUUUGUACAUGUGCAGGAACAGUGUUGUGUACACUUGUAGGAAUAGUGGUGUGUACACGUGUAGGAACAGUGCUGUGUACACUUGUAGGAACAGUGUGUACACCUGUAGGAACAGUGGUGUGUACAUGUGCAGGAACAGUGGUGUGUGUACACGUGUUGGAACAGUGGCGUGUGUACACGUGUUGGAACAGUGAUGUGUGUACACGUGUAGGAAGUGUGUACACGUGCGGGAACAGAGGUGUGUACACGAGCAGCAACAGUGGUGUGUACACGAGCAGCAACAGUGGUGUGUACACAAGUGUACAUGUGCAGCAACAGUGGUGUGUACAAAAGUGUACACGAGCAGCAACAGUGGUGUGUACACAAGUGUACACGUGCAGCAACAGUGGUGUGUACACAAGUGUACACGAGCAGCAACAGUGGUGUGUACACAAGUGUACACGUGCAGCAACAGUGGUGUGUACACAAGUGUACACGAGCAGCAACAGUGGUGUGUACACAAGUGUACACGUGCAGCAGUACCAGCAAUAUUAAACAUCACUAAAAAUUUAACUAAGAGCCAAAAUAAAACUGUAUUUCGUGUCUAACUUAUCCACUACACGAUGGUCAUUAAGGAUGUACGUCACCUGUACGCCAACUACCAAGAAUACUUUAAACUCUGAAAUCGUGUAUUAAACCAAACUCACAGUGCAACUCAAAGAUAUACACAUCCCGGUGUAUAUACCUUGUUGACUGGAAUGGAAUUAUACUCUUGUAUACUUGCUCAUACAGUAGUAUAUUAGAUAACAGGUUAUAGUUGACCAAAAAUAGGAAAUAUUAGUGUCCAAUCCCGUCUUGAGUUUGUUUAAUUACCGCCCACUCCAUAGGUACGAGGUACAUUAUGAAAGUAUCAGGCUGAGAAAAUAUUACACAUGUAUUUAACACAUGUUUAAUUAAGAAAGUGGCACUGGAAUCUGAUUUGGAAAUUCACUGGCGCUUUUGAGACGUGAAUUUAGCCGUGUGAAGACUGUGGAGUAACACUGUUUUGACCAAGCCGCCCAGAAGGUCAACCUAAUUCCCAUCGCCAUGUUUAAUGGCCACUGGAACACAGACUUGACUCCAGCUCUAAAGUGCUUCAGAUAACUGAUAACUGCGAGUCCAAUGAUAACUCUAAUACCCUUCGUAAACACACUGUGCAAGAGAUGCCACACACUACCUGACUUCUGGUUUUUAAAGGUGUGUGUGUACCUGUGAUGACGCUACUGGACACGAAGGCAGCGCUGCUGCUGCUGCUGCUGCUGCUUCUCUACAACACAGGGAGGUGCUGUGAAUGGGGCGCCGGAGAGGAGGCGAGAAGGUUCGUAAGGGUGAAGGAGGAUGCUCUCCCAGGACACACUCUUCUCACUCUCAAUGUCUCUCAUCCUCACCUGCUCCUUCUGCAGCCACUCACCCAGGAGACGGCUGGGAUGUUCCGUGUGGCGCAGCAGCAGGAGGAAGAUGGUGGGAGAGUUGGGAGGCUGGAGGUUGGGGCGCCGCUCCACUCGCUCAUGCUUGGACCCUCACCUGUCGUAAAGCUCACCCUCACCUGUGGGACUAACGAGGUGCCGCUUCAGGUGACAGUGUACGUGGAAGACGUCAACGACCACGCACCAGUGUUCGUGGCUAAAAAUAUCACAGUUACCGUCGACGAACUCACUCCGCCAGGCUUGACAAUUCUUCCAGAGAUCAGAGUGACAGAUGAUGACAAACCCAACACUGCUAACUCAGAAAUUGAGCUGGAAUUGCUCACAGGAGAUGAGGAUGAAUAUUUCACCAUGGUGGACAGAAAGCGAGGCACCAUCACCCUGGCUAAGCACCUCGACUAUGAUGCUGGUCCAAAGAAAUUCUUCCUGGGCGUCGUGGCUAAGGACAUGGGUAAGCCUACUCUGAGUUCAACAAGCACUAUCACUGUGAUGGUGAUGGAUGCUGAUGACCUUCCUCCUGUAUUCUCACACACCCUCUACACCGCCACAGUAACAGAGAUCCCUGGUCCUAACACAGGUUCGAAUAUCCGCCAAGAGGUGAAAGUGUCUCCAAGUGAACUGAGUGCCAGAGACGGUGACGUUGGACAAAACACUUCCCUCCAGUAUACAUUAGUGGAGUCUCCAGCAGCUGAAUACUUCACCCUGAACCCGAACACAGCUCGCCUCUACCUCACCAAACACCUGGACCGAGAGAAGCUCAUGGAUAACACCUUGGUGUUACAUGUCAGAGCUGCACAGGUUGACAACCCACGACGUGUUGGGUCAACAGUAUUGGAGGUGGUGGUGGAGGAUGUUAAUGACAAUCUACCACAGUUCACACAUGAUGUCUAUUCCAUAUCUAUCGUGGAGAACCUGCCUUCUGGGUUCAGUGUUGUUCAGGUGUCUGCACUUGAUCCUGAUGAGGGUAUAAAUGGAGCAUUCAACUACCAUGUGGUUGGUGGAGGAGGAGCUCUGGCUGUCAACCCGCACUCUGGCUGGCUAACAGUAGCCAACCACAACUUGCUUGACCGUGAGGAAUCUCCAGUCAUCAAGCUAGAGGUGUGCACCAACCAGAUAGCACCUCUCAUCAAGCCUCUCACUAAUGACAGCAUUACUCACAAGCUACCAGACGGUAACAGUACUGAACAGGGUAAAGUCACGUUACAAGAAGGUCUAAUGGUUAAGGAUACUGAUACAGCCAUGGAAGAAAUUGUAGUGGAAGGUAAACAUGAAGUAGUCACCAGUGCAUCAACAGAGACAAUGGCUUCAGAGCGAAGGAAGCAAAAUGUCAACACAAGAGACAAUGUACCGCUUUCGAGGAGAGUGCAACCAGCAACAGGGAGGCAAGUACCUGAACCUGUGUCUUCUCUAGUGCCUAAGCAUGCUAGGCAUGGCAGACAGAGUGUGCUUAUAGUCGCAGAAAAGAAAAUGGAGGAAUUUAAUGAACGAGAAGUACCAAAUGGUGCUGGCUCCAGAGACUUAAAGACAGAACCAUCACAAAGACAAACUCUACAGCAGAGAGAUAAUGCGAGAGAAAAACCUAUUUCCAACACUGAAGAAAAAUAUAAGAGAAAAAGAAGUGUUAGUUCACAGAGGAGCAGAAUAACAGAACCAUAUGAGAGCUUGUUGACUUCUCCAGCUCCUGCAUCAACAUCUUUACCACUGACUUCACCAGUAGUGACUUCACAAGAUAUUACUGGCAGGGAAGAUACACAGACAACUGCACAAAGCUUACAACAAGGAGCUACACAUCACAGAAAAAUUGCCAGCAACCGCUUUCCAAGAGAUACAAAUGACAAAUAUCAGCGAAACAGAUCAACAAACCUCACAGGAGAAAUUAACAUGCCAUCUCCCGAAACUGAAUCCUUAUCGUGUGCUAAAAUUGAACUGAAGCUGCUAGAUGCCAAUGAUAACAAUCCAGUCUUCAUUCCAACGAAUUUGUAUCAAUUUUCCAUCACAGAAGAAGCACAGGAAGGUGACAUCAUAGGAUCAGUUCUUGCAAAGGACAUGGAUGAAGGAGGUAAUGGUCAGGUCAAGUAUAAGAUUCAGACUCGUGGAAAUACAACAAGAGGCGCUCUAAGGAACUCAAUUGCUGUGGAUAAAAUUAAGGGUGUCCUUACUCUAGUCUCUAAAUUGUCCCCGGGUCAAGUGACAAUCUUUGUUGAGGCCUCAGAUACACCUGCCAACCCGUCAGAGACCAGAACCACACUGGCUGUUGUUACUAUUGAUGUAAUGGCCACUCACUCUUGGGAGCCAAGGUUCGAAGGAGCACCAUUUGAACUGUGGGUUGGCGGAGAUGCCCCAGUAGGCACCAGCAUUGGUCAGAUCCGCGUGGUAGAUUUGGCAGGACCAGAAAUGUUGUUUGAUAUGUUCCAUUCCUACCAUGAAGGAGUUCCUUUUGGCAUUGAGGAGACGUCGGGCACUGUGUCGGUGUUGUCCCCACUGAAGAAGUACUCUCGACCCACCUAUGAGUUUGAGGUGGUGGUCACAGAUGGUAGGUCAUCCCUGGCCACCAACCUCACCAUCCAUGUAGCACCAGCCCCAAGAUCCACCACUAGGUGGGACACAGUCGUCCACUUCACUAUACAGGAAAACCUGUCUGGUGGUUUGGUUGGAAAUGUCGUAGCAGCUCUACGAAAUGCUGGAGCAAGAGUAGCACCGGAUCCACAGUUUGAACUGGUUAGUCCAGAAGCACGGCAUUUCUUCACUCUAUCCCAGGAUGCCACACUCUAUACUGUGGCACCGCUGGACUACGAGGCUCACCCCAACCACACACUGGUGGUCGUCAGCUCCAGGACUUCAGACAUAUUCUAUGUUCAUGUGAAGGUAGAAGAUGUGAAUGACAAUGCACCGCAGUUCAACGCUGUGAGCUACGAGGGUGUCAUUAAGGAAAAUUCAGCGUCAGGCACCAGCGUCAGAAUCCACCCCAUGAUUCAUGUGAUUGACAGAGACACUUAUACUGGAGCUACAUACUACCUUCAACUGUUGGGUGAUUCUUCUCCACUUUUUACUAUUGAUUCAUCUUCUGGUGACAUUAUCUUUGUUGGCCAGACGUUGGACAGGGAAGUGAAGGAAGCCUACAAUCUUGUUUUAGUGGCUCGUGAUGAUGGGAACCUCACUUCAAAUGCCAGUCUUACCAUUACAGUGGAAGAUAUUAAUGACAAUCCUCCAAGAUUUACCGAGAGAGAGCCACUGUUCUCUGCCAGAGGAGAUAUUGAUGAGAGCAGCUCCAGGAAACUUCCUGAUACUUCAAAAUUGGCUCAUCUGGCAGAUUUGGAGAGAUCACUAAUUCGUAUUCCUGAGUCUCUGCCAAUAGGGAGUCGAGUUACACAGCUCUCAGCAACAGAUGAAGAUGAGAAGGUUUAUGCAGAUAUUCGUUAUUCAAUUGUGUCAGAAAAGUCAUUUGGCUUCUCUGAAGGAGGAAAGUCUCCUCCUGUUCUUCUGGAAACAAAUUAUUUUGCCAUUGAUACCAAAACUGGUGUUGUAACAGUGGCUGGAAUUAUUGAAGCUGACCAUUUUUAUCUAGUAAAUGUAUCUGCUACGGAUGGUGGUGGCUUGUCAUCUUACACGACAGUAUCUAUCGCUGUAUACGAUGUCAAUGAUCAUUCACCUCGUUUUGAGCGCCCUGUUUACAACUUUGAAGUGGUAGAAGGAGAAUACUUGGUUGGCGAAGUAGGCAAGGUUGUUGCUUAUGACCAGGACAAGGGAAACAAUGCUGAAGUGAGUUAUAAGAUAAUUUUCUAUAAAAACUCGAGUGAAGAGCAUACCUUUCCAUUUAGGGUUGUGGAGACUUCGGGUACCUUAUUAGCAACUGGAUCAGUGGACCGAGAAGAACGUGAAGUGUAUGAAUUCUCUGUUGUCGCCACUGACAUGGGAGAACCUCAGCUUUCCUCCUCUGUGUUAGUUCACAUUGAUAUCAUUGACAUAAAUGACCAUAGUCCCAUUUUCUAUGGGUAUAAGGAAGUUAUGUACCCAGAAGCACUUUCAAAUACUUCAUUAGAACCUUCUAAUAGAAAUUUCACUCCGGUUUAUAUAGCUGUAGUAUCUGAAAGCACUCCCAGAAAUACAAUAAUUACCAAUGUUUUUGCCAAUGACUCUGACUCCAGCUCUUCAGGAAAUGGCAUAAUACUGUACAAGCUAGAAGGUGGCGAGGAUAAAUUUGCUAUAGAUUCAAAAAAUGGUAGUGUAUAUACUGUGGGUAACCUGGACUACGAACGUUGGCCGGAACACAACCUGACGGUAUUGGCUCAGGACCAUGGCUUGCCGCCUCUUACUGCUUCUGCGUUGAUUAUGGUCCAGGUGACUGACGUCAAGGAAGAGCUCACUACGAGACUUUUUGAUCGGGAAGAAUAUCGGGUACAUGUAACAGAAAACAACAAAACACCGCUGCUUUUGGUUGACCUUAAUGUGAGUGACUGGUAUGCUGGGCAUCGCCUACACUUCCAGUUGGCAGAUCCUGGAAUGACGGGCACAAUAGCAGUGGACUCUCACUCUGGUGAGGUCUACCUUAUAGCCAGCCUUGACAGGGAGACCAAGGACAUGUAUCGCUUCAAGGUGCGAGCUAUUAAGCCAGAGCGAGGACGAGCGUUGCAACAUUUCUACCAGCAGGCAAGUGGUGUGGACUUCCUGGAAUACACAGUUACCUCCUCGACUACCAAUGUCUCACGAGCUGGUGAUUCUCUAUCAUUUGCGGCUGCUGACGGAGAUUCAGACCGCCUUACUAACACUUCACGGAAGUCUCGAGUAGACUCGAUGCCUCUACUAAGUGUUCCAGCAGAAGUUGAACCACUGCCAGGUUUUUCUAGAUCGAGGCAGAGGUUGAAGAACCAUCGAAGAAUGACUAGCACAACUUUCGACAGCUCUCGACAUACUUCAACAGAGAGAAGCAGUAUCAACUCCCCUGGUGUGCUGAUGGAUGGUGGUGGUGAGCUGGGACGGGAGGAAGUGUGGAUAAUUGUGGUGGUGGAGGACCAGAAUGAUAACUCUCCCAGGUUUCUCCCUCAUGGUCGUCCCAUUGUGGCAGCAGUCCCAGCAGCAGCAGCCUAUGGACACUUUGUUACCCGUAUUACUGCACAUGAUCCAGACCUUGGUGUGAACGGUGAGGUGCGUUAUGAGAUUUUACCAGGGGAGGGAGCCAAAGAUGCUACUACCAAGUUUACUGUGGAUCCUUCAUCUGGUCAGGUAGUGGUGGUAGGCUCCCUGGAGAAUGAAGCUGGAAAAAUGUUUGGUUUUGAUGUAAGAGCCACUGAUCAACAUGGUGCUCCUACCGGUCGCACAGCCAUAGCAAAUGUCUUUGUAUAUGUAAUUGGUGCUGGUGGUCACUUGGUGGUGGAGGUGGGAGCAACACCCAGAGAUGUGGAACCUCACCUGCACCACAUUCAGGGGAUGCUGACUAAUGUUUCUGGCCUUGACGUCCGCGUUCAGAGGAUCGCUCCCCAUGUAGACGGUGAUGCUGCCCACACCACAGCGACAGAUGUGUAUGUGUAUGCUGUUGACCCUGUAACACAGGCUAUAGUCGAGGCUGCCCAGUUACGGCAGGCGCUGAGAGGCAGGAAGGGCCAGUUGAGAUCACUACUACCAUCUGGCCUCCAGUUUAAAGGAAUGAGGUUACCUCAGCCAAUGAAACAAGGACAUAUAUUGCAGACUGCAGAGUUAGCUAUCCUGGUGGGAGCUGUGGUGGUCUUCCUGUCUACUGUGACAGCUAUUGCUUGUCUCUGUUACAAACAACGGAAAAGACGACGAAAACCUAUGCCGUUAGCCCCUUUGAUGACUGCCAAUGGUGUUCCUGUGUUGCCUCUGGCUUACCCGGGACACUUCGCUGCUCCCUACACUCACAUGAGUGACCACAGCAGUGCGGACUCUUCAGAUGCUCAGGAAGUGUCCCCUGACCACCUGCACUACUGCCAUGACCCAGGUCACUACCCUCAGGAAGUGGCUCACUACCCCCAUCCUUCAAGACCACGCUGGGGAGCUCACAACCACCACUCUGAUCAUGAGCAUUAUGGUAGUGAACACGUGCCCUCCCACACUGAUGAAGAUGACACCGUGCCAGUGUGUCUACGCCACGUCCCUUCACGGAAGCGACGCCGUGGCUCACAGGCCAGCAGUGGGCUCCAUGGACAAGUUAAACGCUGCUCCUCUAGGAUAGGUGCUCCAUUCCUAGAGGAGCCCUCGAGCUCAGACCUGGAUGAGAGGGACCAUGUACCUGCACAGGUCAUCAUUCCUAAACCACCUCGUUGCUGUCCUGAUGACAGGCAACACGGAAGAAAGAAUAAUUCCCGUGCACUUCCAGCUGUGGAUUGCACCCUGGACACCACUCGGCCUCAGUCUCCUGAUAGCCUGGAGAGACCUCUGCAGACUCAUGGCCACAUUCGCUCUCAGAGUCAGGUCCACAUCCACAGUAUUCCCCGCACUCAUCUCAAGAGAGAAAGAACAGAUCAUUACGAUAGAAAAAGUGUUAGCAAUGCUCAUUCACCAAGUGAUGUGACAGAGUUAUAGGACUGUAAGUGUAUAUAUGAAUAUGCUUAUCAGUAAUUAUUUUUGACCACCUGGUUGCUUUAUGAUAAGAAAAGGAAAUGAGUUUGGAGUUCUAGGUGAUUAAAAUUGCAGUAAUUUUAACAUAUAUUACUACGGAAUAAUAUAUAUUGUUUAAGUAUACAAAGUAUUUUUGUAUGAACUUUUAGAAAUUGAUACUGAGAAGUUGUUUAAAGAGACGUGAGCAAACUUAGACAUAUAGUUAAGUGUUUUGGUAUCUUGACUACUUCCAACAAUAAAGGUCAUACACCUCACUUUCAAGCCUAUAUAUUGUUAUUUUUAACAUUUUUUAUGUUAAAAGCUAUUAAAGUUCCAGAACUGAAACGUUUUCUGUGUCUGUUUGCUUCUCUAAGUAUUUUCCAAAGAAAGCAAGAUAUACUAUAUUUUUUAGGGAGAGUGAGUUUACACGAGACAAAGAAGUUAGCCAAAGCCUCUUCUACUAGUGUUAGGAAAGUAGUAUUUGCGACAUUAUCUAGAAUUAGUGGCAAUAACUUGAUAAUUUAUUGCAUUUUGCUAUGACUUUCCUCGAAUUCUUUAACCUUGCUAUGCUUUAUUUACCAUGUGUGCUUUGCUAGGUUUCUGCAACUUUUGGUGUUCUGAUGGACUUACGUUCUUAUACAUUUACAAGCAGAAGACAGCUCCGAAAGUCAUUUACAAAUGGUUAAAGGACGAUUUUUUUUUUAACACAUUGACUGUGUCUACCAAAGUAGGUAAUGUUUUUAAUUUAAUGACUGGUGCAAUAGAAAACUGAAUGGCAGCUGGUGUAAAAUAAGCUAGACUAUGAAUUAUCCAAAGUUAUACUGAUCACAAGGAAAAACACAUAAUGUAUCUUUACUAAUCCCUUUCACAUCCCUGUUUAGAUUGCUGCACAUUGAUAACUUCACAGUAUGUAACAUUUCCCAACUGCUUUAUUCAGGCAGAGAUCAUAAUUCAAACUGAUUUUGAGGAAAGAACUGAACUUCGGUACAUAACCAUUCAGGCUGCCUCUUUUAAUCUAAGAGAAUCCUAGAGACCAUAGGCUUAGUAAAGAUGCAAGUCAGUGACAAAAGUAUAUAAAUCAUGCGAGAAUUAAGUGUGUUACAUUUAGCAUACAUUAUUUAAUGAAAUGUUAAAACAGUGCUAUAUGUCAGAAUAAACAAAAAAAUAGUAAUGAAACUAAGACCCUUCAGGAAUGUCUUAAUGCUGGGGAAGGGGUUUUGAUUCAAGGAUUUAUAGCUAGUCUUUCUUAGGUUCACAUUUGAUUACCUCCCAUGCAUUGUAACUUGUGUGAACUUAGCGGUUCCCUUUUAAAAUAAUUGAUUAAAUUUGCAAACGAUUUACAUUAAAUCAGAAUAACUCGUAAAAUAUCUUCACCCAGUGAGGAAUAAAUAUAUGUAUACUUAAGAACUGACCACAAACGAAAUUAUUUACAGGGAAGGACGAACCUCUGGACAUGACCAGGGUGUCCAAGUACACAGUCCUAUGUUCACUUAGCCAGAGAGGCCAUAACUUUGCAUGGCUAGUAGAGAUUAAUCAUUAAUUUCCUUACUGGGAGCACCAGGCUGGUGACAUGAAGAGUCAGUAUGUGGAGGUUCAAACCCCCUCCCCUUCCACCACGAAAAAAGGUUAAGUGGCAUUACCACUUCAAGUGGGUUUUUUUGGGGAGAUCUUUGUCACAGGCAGGAGUACAUGCUACUAAUUGCAGUGUUUCAUCCCCUUGUAUAUGUAUUUAUAAGAAAACUAUACAUAUCAUUAAAUUAGAAACAAAAAAGUAACAUUUAACCCUUAAACUGAAAAAAACAUAGAUCUACUUUUGGAGCACUACGCAUGUGAAUGUAAAUCUGUUUGGAUAGUUUAAGGGUUAAGUAUAGUAAGAAUUUUUAAACUUAUUAAUGUUAAAUAUUUGAUUAAAUUAUUCGAAAUAUAAUAAAUAUUUAUACUGUAAUGUCAUUAAAUGUAUUUCUUGACAUAGGUUUUGUAUAGACAUUUACAUUAGUAUGAUAAGACAUGAAAAUACUGCAAUUGGUGUAGGGAAGACUGCACAAAGAGAGAGGUAUUGAACUUCACUCAUUUUUCCAUAUAAAAUUAUGUUUGUACAACAGAUUCACACUUCGCUACCUUUGAGAAUGUAUCUCAUUGCUUGUAUGUAGACUGAGUGCAGAAUUUAUAUGCAUAAAAGUAUAGCAAAAGUCUUGCUUUGGUGAAUUAAAUCACUGAAUGUGCCAAAUGAAAAUAUGGAAAUGGACACUUCGUAUACAACUCAGGACAUUAUUGGAGUGUAUGUUUCACCACGAGUGGCUUAAUUAAUCCUUUAAUGUUUUGGACUCUUCAUAAGUGUCCUUUUUUAAAGAAAUAACCCACACAUAGGAGAUGGGAGCUUAUGACAAUGUUUUGGUCCGACCAUUUACAAAGUCACACUGACUUUGUAAAUGAUCCAAAUCGCACCAAAAUGUCGUUAUGAGCUUCUCUCUCCUGUGUGUGGGUUGUGUAUUGUUCAAUAAGUAUCCUUUUUUCACAGUUAGUCUGUAUCACCGUACCAUUUACAACGAUACGAGCCUAAUUUAGUGUAGGAUGGGAGAGCAGGAACUUUAAAGACAAAAUUUAAUUGUUUGAAAUAUAGUAUCAAUAUUAAUUGCAUUUAUUAGAGAAGAUUUAUACACUAGGAAAAUUAGAUUCAUGAGGGAGCUGUAAACUCGUAAGGAUUAUACAGUGCCUUGCAGAGAUUAGUAAAUUUAAAACUUUAAAGGCAAAUUUAACAAGAGUUCAGGUUUGAGAUUUUUUUAUUUUUACAUUAAGUAACUUCGUACUAUAUGCAUAAGGAAGCGUUGAACUUGUAUGGUUAUAAUGGGAUAGAUGCUGGAUAAUCAGUGUAGACUCUACGAGGAUAGUACUAAUUUCAGUAGCCACAAGGCACCCUCUUCUCCGAAGGGUUUAAAGCUUGUCGACUAUGUGAGGGUCAUUAAGGAUGUAUUUAACAUUUUACAGUCAAUACUAUAAACUUUAAAAAAGGGAUUGAAGUAAAUUCAUGAUAUAUACCCUUCCAAAUAGUAUACAUUUACUGUUGCAUUCUGUGUACACGCAUGAGCGAUAUACUUUCCAAUGUUUUUUUAUAGAUUCUGACAAGUUGGUUCACUGGUCUUAAUGGCUGUCGAAUACUCAGUCAUUAAGGCUGCAUGUCACUUGUUGAUCAGUUCCAGUCAAGAAAACUAAUACCUGACAGUGAUUAAAGCAAGCUUUCAAAUACUCAUUCAUACACAACUCUGUACAUUCUUGGAGGAUAAGAUUACGUAAUGUUGAGAUAGUAGAGGAUAACUGAAGAUUUAAUGCAAGACAUUAAUAUUAUAUAGCAUAUGAGACAAGUAUCCUGUAUUGAUAUAUGGUAAUAAUAUUUUAUAAUAACUUUAUUGUCAAUGUUUUUAUGUACAUUCUCUAGUACUGUAUUAGUAAAUUGUGUGGUGGCUUUAGUUUUGUGCAAAUGUAACCACUAUUUCUUACUAAACAGAUUAACAUAGUUAACCCAAGCUAAAUUUUCACUCAUGUUGAUAAGGUUAAGUUUGGUAUGAGUAUUAGAGAAUUUGCAUUAAAACUUUUGUGUAACGUAUGAAAUCAUAUAGUUAUUGCAUAAAACUUUAGUAAACCAAUUAAUCCAUACAUUAAUCAAUUUUUAUAGUGUUACCUUGAGUUUCGAACAGCUGCCAACUGAACAAUUAUGUAAGUGUAUUUUUUUUUUUUUGGGGGGGAGGGGGGUCUGAAACAGACUAAUCUAAUUUACAUUAUUCCUUAUGGGAACAAGUUUGUUCAGUAUCGGCACUCGAACAGCCUUCUGGGACGAAUUACGUUCAUAACUCGAGGUACCACUGUAUUAAAAUUCUUUGAUACUCUUAGUUGUGGUUAGGUUGGGCUAUAUUCACCAGGAAACAGGAAAAGUAUUUCUUGAUGGGGGGGAGGGUCUUAGUCACAUGAUGACCCACCACUGGAGCUUCUGAUCAUCUGACAAAGACCUUCCACGGGCUUACCGGUCCACCACUUUAAAAAUUAAAUUUAAGUUGUUGUGUAUAUAUUUUUUUAGGGCUGUAAUAUAUCUAAGGUCUCUUAAGUUACAGAAAUAAGCAAUUAUGGUGACUAUGUUAUAGAUGUUGAAAGUUCUAGGUAAAAUUGUGGCAGUAUUGAUAGGGCAAAGUGAACAGUGGUUAAAAAUGCCUAAAUACAUUUUGUAUACAAAAGUUAUACUACAGUGUCCCUCCUCAUACCUUUCUUGCGGUUCACACUUUAGGAGUCGAGUUACCUGUUACUACGGACACAACUUAGUUAUUGCACUACAUAUAUAUAUCAUUUAUGCAGGGUUUGGGGAAUAUUUCAGCAGAAUGGUUAGUUAAUGGAGUUUAAAGCUCUAUGUAUCUUUUUUCACCAUCAGUCAAGAAUAUUUUAAUACCUAAAACAGGAAUUUACGUAUACUCUCAGUAUAUAUACACAGAGAACUAUACCUCUCUGUAUAUAUAUAUAUCCUGUCACUAGAGUAUUUGAUUAUUUAACAAGUGUUUACAAUUACUUUGCUCAACUCUUGUAAGAAUUGACUGAUACCAAGUUAUGUGCCGAGAAUGUAAGUUUCAAAUUAUUUUUUUUCAAAUAUUAAUAGUAAGCUUCAAUUGUGUCUAUAAUCAUUUGAUAAGCAAUUGUCAAUAAUUCUUCAGUAAAAAUUUGCAGCAACUUAUUGAACAUUCUACUAGUGUGCUAUAUUACUAGGGUAAUAUUUACAAUAUAUGUACCUGGGUAUUAAUGUUUUUUUUUUUUUUUUAUAGAAGUUGUCCAUUAUUAAGUGGGUUGUGCAAUGGAGUAAUUUUUGAGUAAAUAGUAAUAAACUUAAGCCAACGUAACGUAAUGCAAAAUUAAAAUCCUGGUGUAGGUUACCAUUCCCCCCAGAAUAUAACUCCAUUCCACAACACUUAAUAUUGGAGAAUUUACGUAAAAUAUCAGCUGGCUCAAAAACCCCAGGCAUAAUUGCCCUAUUAAUAUAAUUAUAUGGAACUGCCUAACCCUUAGGGGUCAGUGCUUGAAACCUUGAUGGGAAUCAGGUUUAAUGUAAGGAGAGUAUAGAUUUAAUUUUUUUUUCUAGUUUAGCAAUCCUUCACAGACAUAAAGGCACAUGAAUCAGUGAUAAAUAUACACAAGAUAUUAAAGGUUCUAAACCCGUGUACCACCUACUAAGGGUUGUCGAAAGAUUAAGACCAGUGUCAGAACACUCGUCGAAUAUUAAGUGUCAAGUAACCCGCACAUAGAAGAGAGGAGCUUAUGACGACGUUUCGGUCCGAAUUGGACCAUUUACAAAGUCACACUAACCAGAAGUGUAGCAGGAUGGCUAUAUAUAGGCAGGGAGAGGAGGUAGUAGUAGUAGUAGUGGGGAAUUAAGGAGGAGGAGGAGCCAGUGAAAUACAAAGAAAGGGAGCUAGGUGCCCACAGAGGUGGGGGGAAGGGGAAGUGAUGAAAUAAAUAAUGAAGGUACAGAAAUACGUGACAAGAAGAAAAAAUGAGGAAUCAGGUCAAGUGGCCUCAUGACUCUUCCACCCUUUUCUUGAAGCUCUUAAUAAUCUUGCCCCUUCCAUUAAGUUUAAAGCUGGAUGGGAAUCUAAUUCCUUGCUUCCUUUUCUUGAUGUCCAUGUCCACUGCUCAGAUACAGGUUUUUCAAUUUACCAAAAACCUAUGCACAGUGGCAUGUACAUUCACUGCCAUGCUUCCCCUGUCAAGAAAAGUGUUCUUCCUCUUUCUCCGUGCCCUCAGUUCCUUCCAGCAGAAAUUUCCACUCUUCAUAAUUCGUUCUCCCGUUUUGGCUACUCUUCCCAUUUCAUAGACUCUGCCUUCUCACGUGCUAAACGUAAUUUCUUCUCUCCCAAACUCUACUCCUGGGAACUCUUCUGUCCUCUGCCUUCCCGGUCUUUCUAAUCUCGACAGUUCUCUCCGUCCCUUAGACAUCAAGCUUACUUUCCGCCAGACCAACACUCUUCGCACUGUGGAAAUAAAUGGUAUAAAAUACCGACACAAUGGAAAUAUAAACACAAAUGCAGUAUAAUGUGAUCCUUUAUUGACAACGUUUCACCCACACAGUGGGCUUUUUCAAGUCACACACGGAUCUACCUGGGGUUGGAAGGUACGAGAGUAUUUAUAGGCAUGUUCAGA